GUGUUCGCUAGUGAGGGGCUGUUCACUUGUGUUCGCUAGUGAGGGGCUGUUCACUUGUUUUCGCUAGUGAGGGGCUGCUCACUUGUGUUCGCUAGUGAGGGGCUGCUCACUUGUGUUCGCUAGUGAGGGGCUGUUCACUUGUGUUCUCUAGUGAGGGGCUGGAGCUUGUGUUCGCUAGUGAGGGGCUGAAAACUGCUGCGAGGAUGAAUGCUCCGUGCUCGCGCUGCGGGAAAACCGUCUAUCCCACGGAGAAGAUCAGCUGCCUCGACAAGAACUGGCACAAAGGCUGUUUCCACUGUGAAGUGUGUAAGAUGACGCUCAACAUGAAGAACUACAAAGGCUACGACAAGAAACCCUACUGUAACGCUCACUAUCCGAAGACGUCGUUCACUAUCGUGACGGACACGCCGGAGAACCUGCGUCUGAAGCAGCAGAGUGAGCUACAGAGUCAGGUGAGAUAUAAGCGAGACUUUGAGGAGAGCAAAGGCCGAGGCUUCAGUAUCGUCACAGACACACCGGAGCUGCAGAGACUCAGAAGAACACAGGAGCACAUCAGUAACGCGAAGUAUCACGAGGAGUUCGAGCGCUCGCGGGGUCGGGGCGCCACACACACCCUCGAUGAGCAGCACAUGGCAUGUCUCCAUGGAGACCAGCUGAUGGGUGCCGGCGACGGUUACCAUGGCGUCCAGCCGCAGGUGGUUGAGAUGGACCACAGAUCAGCAGGAGCCGCUGGUCAGUCCAUCACAAAUACUCACAGUUAG